AUGAUUAUAAAACGACUUGAAACCGGAAAACCAAUCGCUCCAAUAACUCUCAGUCUUCAUACUACUAUUAACACUCACAAUAAAGAUUUCUCAUCCCAGCAAAUUCUUCAACCUCCCUAUGCAGCAUCUCAGCUACCGAAACGUGAGGACACACGACGUAUUGCCAAGAGCAAUACGUCAAGUGUAGCUGCUGGCGUAAUUCAUGAUGGAAAACUGUUGAUACUGUCUAAAAACCAAAAGAGCAAACAAAACACAGUGAACGUGACACUCACAACCACAAACAUCUACCAAAGCACCAAGUAG